AUGGGUGCCACGGGGUUUGAAAGGCUGAAGUAUGACGUUUCGAAGAAGGAAUCAGACGACCGAUCGGAGUUCCUGAAGAUGUUCUGUGACCCUAAUUCCUCCGCUGCCGAUCAGCAUGAGGAUAAUGCCAGAGGCUAUGGCUCCUCCUGGCCUCUGCUCUGCUGCGCUCUCGCCAGCAAGAGGCUUCUCGAGCAUGUCCUCUCCUUCGUUCCCAUCUCCCUCGUGUACGAGAACGAGCGUUGGCAGAAGACCAUUCGCUACUUCCUCACCCAUCACGGCCAACGCAUCACCUCCCUCCACCUCAUCUUCACGGAAAUGGACCAGCUCCCCUCCCUCCGCCCCUUGAUCGCUCGCUGCAGCUCUGCCCUGUCCUCGUUCAGCCUUAAGUGGCGAGGAUUCGUGAGCAUGUUCGAGGAGCAUGAGUACAAGGACUGGACGCUCAGCUUCCUUCAAGACUGCUUGCAACUGCAGCGCCUGAAGCUCGGCCGGGGCAUGUGGAACCUGGACAAGGGCUGUGCGAAUGCCGCGUGGCUGAAGUCGAUCCAUUGCCUGACCCUCAAGCAGGUGGAUAUGAGCCAUGUAAACUUCGAAUAUCUUGAGUGUAUCACACCGCAGCUACACGAGUUCACGCUUUACCAGCACUGGCACCUCUCCCGCUGGCCCGUAUUUGGCUCCCACGCUAUGACCUUCUCCUUUCCCAACGCCCGCCUCCUUCGCUUCCGCUUUGCCAACAACGAGUUCAAGCUCACCCUCUCUGUCUCUUCAGCGCUCAAGACUCUCUCAGUGAUGGCCUCUCUGGCUAGUCCUCUCCUGCACGAGCAGCGCUCCUCUCGCACUCGACCACCUCUCACUAUACGGCCAGGAAUGUCUUGUCAUUUCCUCCCUCCGCCUCGCAUCUGCGCGAGCCGUACCAAAUGGCUGCGCUCUAUAUCGCAAAACGUGGAGGUGCUUGUAGUGAGGCAUGGGAUUCCGAUUGAGGAGGUGGGUGUGGUGUGGAGGAAUCUGCGCAGCCUUGGGAUUGUCAUGCAUGCGGAGGGGCCGCACAAUAAGGAGUGGGAGGCGACGGUGGAGAACUACAGGGCGUUCAUGGAGGACAGGGAGUUUGAUGAUGAUCUGGAUGAGGACGGUGGCUGGGGUGGCUGUUAUGGUGAUGAUGACGACGAGGAUGAGGAUGAUGAGGAUGAGGAUAUGGGGGAUGGUUCUGAUGAUGACGAGGAGUAUGGGGGGAGGGGUUACGGUGGAGGAAGGGGAGGGAGUCGCAAGAAGAAGGCCCCUGCGAAGCCGCCUUCUAUCGGUGCCCCGAAUGUGCGGUAUCUCUUCUUCCCCUCUCGCAAGGCGUGUGAUGCCGCCACGCUAGCUGCACUGCGGCAGGACUACCCCGCCCUGGUGCUCUACUGUGUGGUGGACCGGUCCUACUGGGAGAGGAAGGGCGAGAUGGUGAACAAUGCGCCGCUCAAGCAUGUGCGGCAGGCGAAGAGCGGGGUGCUACGGGACAAGUUUGAUGACAAGAAGCAGCCGAAGAACGUGAGGGAGAAGAUGUAUAGUGUAAAUAGGAAGCUGGUGGAGGGGUACAGUGCUGACGAGGACGAGGCACACAUGUUUAAGUACAAGGGAAGAUUUUAG